GGGCACGGUGGCGGAUCUGGCAAUCCAUCGCAGUUCAUUGGGAGAGCGCAUUGGCCAGCCUCGUCGGCGCCUGGCCAUGCCAGCACGAACGCGCAGCCUGGUCGCGGUGCUGGCCCUGACUCUCAACGCAAGCGGCGCCGCGGGCUUCAGCCACGCAGACCUGGCACGCCAGAAUUACGACGACCCGAUGGAGGGAAUGUGGUGCGUAGGCUUGACCGCCAGCGGCUUCGAGCAGAGCACCCGGGCGGGCAGGAGCGGCCAGUUCUCCGAGCCCGCGAGAGCCGCGAUCGCGCAUUUUAGCAGCGAGGGCGCCAACUGCUUCCGGGUGCCCAUCACCUGGGAGCGGCUGCAGUCGACGCUGAACAGCACGGAGCUGGACCCCGUGGACGGGUUCCUGGACACGAUCGACUACAUCACCCUGGAGCUCGAGGGGUACGCCGUCGUGGUGCCCUACGAGGGGAUCGGCGGAGGCCUCCGCUACCAGGACGAGAACGUGGGCCUCGGGGGGUACGAUGUCGGAUCAACCUCUGGACUGCAAUCGCCAAGCAGUUUGCGUCAAAUGACCGCGUGA